CAAAACUUCCAUUUUGUUCAGUAAAUGUGAUCGUGAGCGUUGUGAGCACGAAAGCAUUUAUGUUUUGAACACGAAAGCUUGCAAUUGCAAACAUAAAAUAUAGCUGCAAUUUUGUCACAAUUUGCUUUUUGUUAUAUACAUAUAUAUAUAUACUUUCAUUAUUAGCUUUAUAUUAUAGUCGGUAAGUAUUUCAAAACUAUAUACAAUCAUCAACAUGCCUAAAAAGAAGAGAGGAAACAACUGGUAUGCCAAGAAACGUAUCAUCAAGAAUCCUACAACUAUUUCUAUAAAUGAUUCGAUGCAAGAUGAACCCGAAAUUGAACAAAUUGCAGAGUCUAUGACUGUAGAGCAACCACAGCCUGGUCCUUCCACAGCAACACAUACUCCAGGUCAAACACAGGAGUCAAACAUCUCGGUAAAAGGGAAAAAACGUAAACAUAAAAGGAAGUUAUGUCUAAGCAAACGAAAAAAACAUACAGUAAUUCAUACAGCUUCUCUACACAGUGAUCACUCCUCUUCAUCACUUACAUCUUCUUCUACAAUAGAUCAACAAAUGGUUAUUCAUAACACUACAGCAAGUUCAGACAUUCCUAUACAAACAACAACAAAAGGAAAAAUGAACAAAGGCAAAACACCAUUGAAAAAAUCUAAAAAACCAAACGAACCUCUGCAGUCAACACUUCCAGUAAUAUCACAACAUCUAAUACAAUGCUCAGUAAGCCAAUCAAAUGAGGAGGUUUUUAUUAACGAAGCAAGUAGAAUUAUAACUGCAUUCCCCAAUAAUCACAUUGCUAUACCAGGUCCAUCACGACUUUCAAAUACAAGUAUUGUUCCUGUAGCAAUCACGCCACAAAGGACAUGUACUAAUAGUUCAGAGAUUGUUAACCAUCCAACAAAUAUAUGGGCAUUGUCACAACAAGACAUUGAAGAAACUACCUCUUUGCUAACAAUGAGUACUUCCACAAGGAUGGAAAUUGAUAUCCCAUUACAACACAUUGAACCGAUAGAAACGUCAUCCUUACCAACUUUAAACCAACAACAGAGUGAUGACAAUAUCACUAUGACAAUGGGACACGAUGAACUUAAUGACAUAUUAGCUAACCUUAAUAUAGACAAUUUACUAGAAAAUACCAAUAAUAUAAUAACCGAAAAUGUAACUGAAACUAUUCAUCGAAGAGGGAAUCAUUACAUGGCGGCAACUAAUCAUUACACAGGUCUAUAUACAUUGGGAACUUUCACUUUUACCUGUUCUCACUGUAGAGCCUUACAUUUUUAUGUGAAAAAAAUUCCAGAAAUGUUUAUUCAAAUUGUUGUAAGGAUGGUGCAGUACAUCUGCCUCCAUUUGAUUCAUAUCCUGAACAAUUAAGAGUACUAUUUCAAGAUCGAGAAUUUAUGGAAAACGUGCGUUAUUAUAACAAUAGUUUCGCAUUCGCCAGCCUAGCUACCAAUACUAUAAAUCCGCCUGGUCGAGGACCUUAUGUAUUCAAGGUA